UCUGCCGAAUCGGUGCGCUGCGGCUGCGCUCAAAGAAAAAAAACAAAACUCGUGCGCGGCGCCUCAGAAAAGCAGAGAAAAACACAAAAUUAACUAACUUAAAAAAUAACCAAAUAAACAAACAGAAUUUCUCAAUUCUACUCCCCUGAAGAAACUAAUUUUUUUUAAGUUACCACUCAAAAACCGUUGGGAAUCUUGGAAUACCUAAGCUUGAAAGCCAAAGAAAAGUGCAUAAAAUAAAGUGAACCCAAAAAGUGCUAUCAGAAUCAUUAUUUAAAAAAUAUACAAGCAAACUAAAAAACAUAUAUAUAUUUUAAAAUCAUAUCAUACCUAAAAACACCACCAAAAAAUUGUUUUAAAAGUGCGAAAUCCGAAGUUGGAAUGCCGUCGCAAUUGUUGAACAAAAUUUCACAACUAAAUAUCCACUAAGCUACUCUCGGGUGACCAAACUUUGGGAAAAUGCUCGCCGCACAGCAGCAGCACAACAACAGCACGGCGGAGUCGGAGAUGGAGCGCCAGCGACGGGACUCCACCACCUCGGAGUCCUCCCUGGAGCACCUGGACCUGGGUCGCACGCCCAAGAAACUGGGGGGCACCGGCGGCUCCACUCAGACCACAUCCACUCCCCACGAACUGGUGGUCACAUCGCGCAAGCGCAAACUGCGUCAGUUGCAACAGCACCAGCCCUUGAGUCACAUGCAGCAGGAUCUGCUCACUGACGAGGAGGAGGAUGAGGAGGAGGAGGAGGAUAGGGAUGGGGACGCGGAGGAGCAGGUGGCCGCCACUGGGGCCAGGAGCCUGGGGCGCCACAAGCAGCGACGCAGUGGCGCCACCACCCAGGCCUCCAUUGUGGUGGACUACAGCAGUGGCGAUGCCAGUUCGCUGCGCAAGAAGUUCCGCCUCAAUCGCUCCGCCGGCAGUCUCUCGGAAUCGGGAUUCGUGGACGCCAGCAGCACGGCGCACAGUAGUGGCUAUCUGGGGAACAGCAGCAGUGCCACCAACAGCACCACCGCGACGGGCAACCCCGCUGCAGUGGCUCCAUCCGCCGGAGCAGCUGCCUCCGCAUCCACAUCCACCAGCAGCAGCAGCAGCAGCAGCAGUAGUGGCGGAUCCGGCGGCUCCUCGCCCCAGGGACUGUGCCUCUCCAGCGGCGAGUCGGGAAUCGGGGCCGGGGACGAGCACAUGAAGUACGUGUGCCCCAUCUGCGAGGUGGUCUCGGCCACGCCCCACGAGUUCACCAACCACAUCCGGUGCCACAAUUACGCCAACGGCGACACGGAGAACUUCACCUGCCGCAUCUGCUCCAAGGUGCUGUCAUCCGCCUCGUCUCUGGACAGACACGUGCUGGUCCACACGGGCGAACGACCCUUCAACUGUCGCUACUGCCACCUGACCUUCACCACCAAUGGCAACAUGCACCGCCACAUGCGCACCCACAAGCAGCACCAGGUUGCGCAGCCGCAACAGCAACAGCAGCAGUCGCAGUCACAGCAGCAGCAGCAACAGCGACGCCAGCAGCAACAGCAGCAGCAGCAACAUAAUCCCGCCAAGCAGCAGCAGAAGCAACUGGGGGCCACCACGUUAUCCGGUCGGGCGGAGAGCUAUGAGAGUGAUGCCAGCUGCUCCACGGAUGUGUCCAGUGGUCAUAGUCAUAGUAGCAGUUCCCUCAACAACCACAACAACAACAAUAACCAUAGCAACAACAAUAACAACAACAACUCGCACAAGGCUAACAACAAUCUCAAGGAUUUGGUGGAGCUGGAGGACGACCAGGAUGAGGAGGCGUCGGAGAAGAGGCGUCUGCGAACGACCAUCAACAACAACAUCAUAGAUAGGGAAACGCAGGAGGAGAUCGAGGAGGAGGACGAUGCGGAUGUGGCCAUGCUGACCAGCACACCGGAUGUGGCCACCCUGCUGGCCGGAGCCAGUGCAUCCGGGGCAGCCUCUCGCUCGCCCUCACCCUCGCCAUCCGACGAUCACGGCCUGCUCCUCAGCUGUCCCGCCUGCGGAGCCUCCGACUUUGAGACCCUGCCCGCCUUGUGCGCCCACCUGGAUGCGCGCCACUCGGACAUCCCGGCCAAGUGCCGCGACUGCGAGGUGAUCUUCGCCAGCCACCGCCAGCUGCAGGCCCACUGCUGCCGCGGUCCAUCCCUGGGCCUCGGCGGAAUGCCUCCACUGUUGGGAGCCAGCAGCUCGCCGCUGCACGACGAGGAGCCCGAGGAUGUGGACAGGGAGGAGGAGGAGGAGGAGGAGGAUCGCGACCGCAAGGAGCGCAUGCCGCACCAGGGCGAGGACUUCUUCCACCAGCUGUACCUCAGGCAGAAGGCGGCCGGCGGAGCAGCCAGUGGCGGUGGAUCCGCCAUCUCGCAUCCCCCCUCCCCCAUCAAACACGAGCCGGCGGACAGCAAGGACCUGGCCGACAUCCAGAGCAUCCUGAACAUGACCAGCUCCAGCUCCAGCUUCCUGCGCAACUUUGAGCAGUCGGUGAACACACCCAGCUCCAGCCAGUACAGCCUGGACGGGCGGGACCUGGAGGAGGAGGCCCAGGACGCGUUCACCUCGGAGUUCCGCCGCAUGAAGCUGCGCGGCGAGUUCCCCUGCAAGCUCUGCUCGGCGGUGUUCCCCAACCUGCGUGCCCUGAAGGGCCACAACCGCGUGCACCUGGGUGCAGUGGGUCCCGCCGGUCCCUUCCGCUGCAACAUGUGCCCCUACGCCGUCUGCGACAAGGCGGCGCUGGUGCGGCACAUGCGCACCCACAACGGCGACCGACCCUACGAGUGCGCCGUCUGCAACUACGCCUUCACCACCAAGGCCAACUGCGAGCGGCACCUGCGCAAUCGGCACGGGAAGACCAGUCGCGAGGAGGUGAAGCGGGCCAUCGUCUACCAUCCGGCGGAGGAUGCCAACGGCUGCGAGGACGGCAAGUCGCGUCUGGGCGAGGACCUGGCCGACAUGAGUUUCCGCUCGAUCAGUCCCACGCCGCCGCCGCCACCAGCUCCUCCGAUCUCGGAGAGCCCCGUCUCCGUCACCGCCGGCUGCCAGCUGAAGCACAUGCUCCUGGGCGAGAGCCACCUGGGUGCGCCAUUGGUGCAGCAGCAGCAGCAGCCCCCGAAGAUCCAGGUCAAGAGCCUGGACCAGCUGGUGGACAAGAAGCCGUCGGUCUCCGAUGCUGCCCAUCAUCAGCAGCAGGAGAAGGGCCUGGACUUCAGCAUGGAUGUGCUGGAUCUCAGCAAGAAGCCCACGGCAGGAGCACCGGCCACGCCCUCGGUCAGUCCGCCCAUGGUCAUGCCGCCCGUGGUGGCACCUCCCGUUGGCCCAGCCACUCCCGAUCUGGCCGCCGCCCUGGAGCAGCAGCAGUUGCUCCUCGCCCAGCAGCAACUCUUCGGCGUGGGUGGAGAUACCGCCUCGCAGUACAUGCAGCAGCUGUUCCGCAGCCUGAUGUUCCAGUCGCAGUCGCCGGGAUUCCCCUUCUUCCCCUUCAUGGCACCGCCCCCGCCGCCGCAGCAGGCGGCCAAUCCGGAGAAGCCACCGCUGGUGAGUCCGCCCAGCCACCGGCUGAAUCCCAUGGCCGUCGGAGUGGGCGUGCCAGUGCCUCCGGGCGGCCCCGUCAAGAUGGUCAUCAAGAACGGAGUGCUGAUGCCCAAGCAGAAGCAGCGUCGCUACCGCACCGAGCGCCCCUUCGCCUGCGACCACUGCUCGGCGAGAUUCACCCUGCGCUCGAACAUGGAGCGCCAUGUGAAGCAACAGCACCCGCAGUUCUACGCCCAGCGCCAAAGGAAUGGCCACCACGUGAUGAGGGGCAGAGGUGCCUCCAAUGCCGCCGCCGCCGCCGCUGCCGCCGCAGCAGCAGCAGCCGUGAUGGGACAUGGUGGCGCCUCCGCCGGCUCCAAUUCAUCCGCAGCCGCCGCCAACCAUCACCACGGCCACGCCCCCAUCUCAGAGCAGGUGAAGUACGCCAUUCUGGCGCAGCAGCUGAAGGCCCACAAGAACACCGAUCUCCUGCAGCAGGCCCUGGCCCACGGCUCCAGCAGCGUGGCCGGCAAUCCCCUCCUGCACUUCGGCUACCCGCUGGCCAAUCCCGCUGCCCUGCACAACGGCGUCCAGGCGAACGGCCAGAGCCAGUCCCUGGCCAUGGACGAUGACGAGCCCAAGCUGGUCAUCGACGAGGACGAGAACGAGCACGAGCACGAGGUGCCCGAGGAGGUGGACGACUUCGAAGAGGACGAGGACGAGGAGGAGCUGGAGCUGGAGGAGCCGGAGGAGGAGGCGGAAGUGGAAGCGGAAGCCAACCAGGCUCGUGAGGAGUUCGACGAGGAGGAUGAAGAGGAGGAGGAGCUGGCCAAGCCAUUGGACCAGCCAGCCAACGAGGCAGCCCAGAAAAUGGCCGAGACCAUCUUGGAGCAGGCCAUCAAGGCGGGCAAGCCCUCGAGGAGUCCCUCCAUCGAGCCACCGCCAGCCAAUCCCUCCCAGACGACCACCACCACCAGCAUGCAGGAGCCACAGGCCACACCCGCAGCCACUCCCACUCCCACAACCACGACCACACCCACCAACCCCAGCAGUCUGAAGACCAUGAUCGCCCAGGCCGAGUCCGUGGGCAAGUCCCUAAAAGAGGUGGCCAGCUCGCCGUUCAAGGACGAGUCACAGGACCUGGUGCCGGUGGCCAAGCUGGUGGACAACGCCACCAGCCAGAACAUGAGCUUCAACAGCUACUUCCGGCCCAGCGACGUGGCCAACCACAUGGAGCAGAGCGACGAGGAGGGUCUGGUGGCCUCCGGGAGCGCCAGCGAGAGCAACAACAGCGGCACCGAGGACGUCACGAGCAGCAGCUCCGGCUCCGAACCGAAGAAGAAGUCCGCCUACAGCCUGGCCCCCAACCGCGUCUCCUGCCCCUACUGCCAGCGGAUGUUCCCCUGGAGCAGCUCGCUGCGCCGCCACAUCCUUACCCACACCGGCCAGAAGCCCUUCAAGUGCUCCCACUGCCCCCUGCUCUUCACCACGAAGAGCAACUGCGACCGCCACCUGCUGCGCAAGCACGGCAACGUGGAGUCGGCCAUGUCCGUCUACGUGCCCACCGAGGACGUCAGCGAGCCCAUCCCGGUGCCCAAGUCCGUGGAGGAGAUCGAGCUGGAGGAGCAGCGCCGCCGUCGCGAGGCGGAGCGGGAGAAGGAGCGCGAGCGAGAGCUGGAGCGGGAGCGCGAGCGGGAGAGGGAGCUGGAGCUGGAGCGGGAGCGGGAGCGCGAGCUGGAGAAGGAGAAGGAGCGGGAGCGGCAGCAGCUCAUCCAGAAGCUGGCGGCCCAGAUGAAUGCCGCCGCCGCUGCAGCAGCUGGAGCAGCUGGCGGUCCGCUCGGGGAUGCAAUGGCUGGCGGGGAUCUGCCCUACAAGUGCCACCUGUGCGAGGGCUCCUUCGCAGAGCGGCUGCAGUGCCUAGAGCACAUCAAGCAGGCCCACGCCCACGAGUUCGCCCUGCUGCUGGCCAAGGGGGCCAUCGAGAACGAGUGCCUGGAUCCCCAGCAGGCCGCCAAUCCCAAUCCCAAUCCCGGCCAGCAGCAGUCGGCGGCCCACUCCGACGACGAGGGCCUGGCCUCCAACGGCGGCAGCAGCCGGGGCAAGUACCCGGACUACAGCAACCGCAAGGUGAUCUGCGCCUUCUGCGUGCGCCGCUUCUGGUCCACCGAGGACCUGCGUCGCCACAUGCGCACCCACUCCGGCGAGCGGCCCUUCCAGUGCGACAUCUGCCUGCGCAAGUUCACCCUCAAGCACAGCAUGCUGCGCCACAUGAAGAAGCACAGUGGCCGCGCCCACAACGGCGACAAUCCGGGCUCCGACUGCUCCGACGACGAGCAGGUGGCCAGUCCGCCCAACACCCCCCUUCCCGUGCCCGCCGUGCCCCAGUCGCACAACAACAACCAGAACAGCUGCCACAAUAAUAACAACACCAACUCCAGCUCCAAGCUGGGCCUGAAGCUGCCCAAGCUGCACGAGCUGCUGGACAAGGCCAGCGAGUGGCGGGCCAGUCGGCUGGGCGAGCACAAGGAGAACCUGGGCGAGGCCACGCCCUCGGGCGGAGGAGCCGUCGCAGGAUCGGACCUCAUCGGCAACCUGCUGGGCAUCAGCGACCAGGGCAUCCUCAACAAGCUCCUCUCCUCCGCCGACGAGGCGGCCAAGCUGCUCGGCGUGGACAACAAGUAGAGGAAAAGGAUUGAAAAGGAUCGAAAAGGAUCCAAAAGGAUCAAAAAGGAUCGUAAAGGUUCGAAAAGAACAGGAGAACCAAGAGCCAUAAAUUCUGGAGUAC